AUGAGUAGAAAAGGCGAGGAAGAAGAGAUUUCAGAGAUGGAGCUAGGCCACAUUACCAACACCAAUACCGGUACCAGAGAAACUGAUGAAUCAAAUCAAAACAUUGAUCUGUGUUGCUCAUCAAAUGCAGUUGUAACCCUAGCCCAAAAGGUUAUUGCAGAGGCGAUUGGGACCUACUUUGUGAUAUUCGCAGGGUGCGGAUCGGUGGCGGUGAACAAGAUCUACGGUUCAGUGACAUUCCCUGGCAUUUGUGUGACAUGGGGUUUGAUUGUUAUGGUGAUGGUUUAUACAGUCGGUCAUGUUUCUGGAGCCCACUUCAAUCCAGCAGUCACAAUCACUCUGACUAUUUUUCGCAGAUUCCCAUAUAAAGAGGUGCCAUUUUACAUUGUGGCGCAACUGAUGGGUUCAAUACUGGCUAGUGGAACAAUAGCUUUGGCAAUGGAUGUGACUCCUAAAGAUUAUUUUGGAACUGUGCCAGUUGGAUCUAAUGGACAGUCUUUGGCCAUAGAAAUCAUCAUCUCCUUUUUGUUGAUGUUUGUCAUUUCUGCUGUUGCUACUGAUAAAAGAGCGGUAGGAGAACUGGGAGGGGUUGCUGUUGGAAUGACUAUAAUGUUGAAUGUACUUGUUGCAGGGCCUAUAUCAGGAGCUUCAAUGAACCCGGCAAGGAGCAUUGGACCAGCUUUGGUGAAGCAUGUUUAUUCAGGACUAUGGGUUUACAUAAUAGGACCAAUCAUUGGAACAAUAGCAGGAGCAUUUGCCUAUAACUUGAUCAGAUUCACUGACAAACCACUCGGUGAGUUGGCGAAGGAUGGAUCAUUUCUCCGGCGCUCGAAGAGCACUACUUCUUAGAACUGUAGAGUCAUUAUAUGUUAGUGCCUCUCAAAUGGGUCUUUUAGGAUUUUAAGCAUUUUCAUAAUUUCACUUUUUUUUUUUUUUAAUGUUUUUCAUCUCAUAAUAUUGUAGCCGCCUUUAAGGCUCAUUAUCUUUUUUCUUGAUUGGUGGAUUCUAGUAA